GCUAAGGUAGACCUUACGAAGAAUAAAAGAUGGGUGAUGCAGCUGGAACAGUACUUCGAUUCGAUCGACAGUAGAUUUUAUAAUACUGGCCGUUUAACAAUCGAGAUGUUUGAUACAUGGUCUGAAAACAUGAGGAAACUUGGAAAGGCCCCCGAAGAAGUGAUACAGAGCGUAUAUGAAAGUUCUCGUAAUUUCUGGAUAGGGGGAGGAAUUCUUCCAGGCAAACCAGUGACGAAGAAGGAAUUUAUCGAAGGCAUGAAUCGUCUUGCUAACGACGAGCUGGAAAAGGAGCGAUUGGGUAAACCGACACUUCACGGCAAGUGUAGUAAUGACUUAUAUGAUGCAAUGGGAUUAAAGAGUGAUGAUUUCAUAACGGUUGAGCAUGUAAAGGUUUUCAUGAAAUGUGUCAACAUGGAUCCAGACGGAGCUGUAGCUUAUUUCGCUAUGGCAGAUAAGGAGAAAAAAGGGAAAAUUUCACGAGAAGAUCUCAUUAAGUUGGAAUUUGGAUAUUGGUUUCAGCCUGAAGAUAGCAAUAAAAACAUGUUUGGGGGAGCUUAUGAAGCCGAAUAA